AUGUUGACUCGAUUUCUCCGAAGAGGGUUAGCCACCCAUGCCCGUGCUACGGCCUCACUGAGUCGACUCGAACCAAACAAGCAUAUCAAUCUAUACAAAUUUACGCAAAAAGCUGCUUUCUGGCGGAGUCGAUUGAAACGCCCUUUAACCUAUGCCGAAAAAGUCCUGUAUAGCCACUUGGACGAUGAGUUCGACGACCCCAUCACGCGCGGAACGUCGCAAUUGCGAUUGCGUCCGACGCGCAUUGCGUGUCAAGAUGCCACGGCGCAAAUGGCUCUAAUCCAAUUCAUGUCCGCUGGCCUGGAUACAUCCGCCGUGCCGACAACCGUACACUGCGAUCACUUGAUAGUGAGUCGCGAUGGCGAGGCUCAGGACCUUCCUCGUGCGCUGAAUGUGCAUAAGGAAGUCUACGAGUUUCUGGAGAGCGCUUGUCAGAAAUAUAACAUGGGAUUCUGGAUGCCCGGAGCGGGCAUUAUCCACCAGAUUGUACUAGAAAAUUACGCCUUCCCCGGGGGUAUGAUGGUAGGAACUGACUCACACACCCCCAAUGCUGGUGGAAUGGGCAUGAUUGCCAUUGGUGUUGGGGGCGCAGAUGCCGUUGAUGUCAUGGCUGGACUGCCAUGGGAGUUGACGGCGCCACGGGUGUUGGGAGUGCGUCUGAAUGGCAAACUAUCCGGAUGGGCGACUCCCAAAGAUAUAAUCAACAAAUUAACUGGAAUCCUGUCUGUUAAAGGGGGUACCGGAUCAAUUAUCGAGUACUUUGGGCCCGGGGUCCAGACGCUCUCGGCCACUGGGAUGGCCACAGUCUGCAAUAUGGGCGCAGAGACGGGAGCGACUACAUCGAUAUUCCCUCAUUCGCCCUCCAUGACUAGAUACCUCCACGCCAACCACCGUCCCGAUAUGGCACAGGCUAUUGAGUCUAUUUCACAUGACCUGCGUGCCGACGAGGAUGCCGAAUAUGAUCAAGUCAUCGACAUUGAUCUAUCCACGUUAGAACCACACAUCAACGGACCCUUCACUCCUGACUUGGCCACGCCACUGUCUCGUUUUAGUCAGGCAGUAAAAGAACAAAGUUGGCCAGAGACAUUGACAGCUGGCUUAAUCGGCUCGUGCACGAAUUCAUCAUUCGAAGAUCUUAGCCGGGCCGCAGGUAUCGCGCAACAAGCCGUCGCUGUCGGAUUGACCCCUACAAUGCCGUUUCUGCUAUCACCGGGUAGUCUGCAGACACGUGAGACUCUGGAAAGGUCUGGGACUUUGCAGAUAUUUGAGGAAGUUGGGGUCAAGAUGCUACCAAAUGCUUGCGGUCCUUGCUGUGGCUCGUGGGAUCGAACCGACACACCCAAGGGCACAAGUAACUCUAUUAUCACGUCCUACAAUCGAAACUUCUCGGGUCGUCUUGAUUCGAAUCCCAAGACAAAUAUAUUCCUCGCUUCGCCGGAAAUUGUCAUGGCCAAGGUCUUUUCGCAAAACCUUGGCUUCAAUCCCAGCGUGGACACACUAACGACACCUGUUGGAGAGGAAUUUCGCUUCCACCCUCCUACAGGCGAUUCUCUUCCUGGACAGGGCUAUCUGUACUCCGAUGCUGCCUACCAAGCACCUCCACCGGGUGAUCGUAGAGGAUUAAAUGUUCAGAUUGACUCGUCCUCGCAGCGACUGCAGCGACUCGCACCAUUUGCCCCUUGGUCCGGAAAUAACUUCAAGAAUUGCCUUAUCCUAAUCAAGACCAAAGGCAAGUGUACUACAGACCACAUCACUCCAGCUGGUCCGUGGUUCCGCUUCCGAGGUCAUCUCGAGAACAUCUCAAACAACACCUUGAUCGGCGCGGUGAAUGCGGAAAACGACAAGGUUAACACGGUUCAUAACCAGCUCACUCAACAAGAUGGUGAUGUCCCUGGUACCGCCCGUCAUUACCAAGCUCAAGGCCAUCCCUGGGUAGUUAUCGCGGACCACAACUACGGCGAGGGCUCUUCGCGCGAACACGCAGCCCUGCAACCAAGAUAUCUCGGGGGUGUGGCGAUUAUCGCCAAGAGUUUUGCUCGGAUUCAUGAGGCAAACCUGAAGAAACAGGGAAUGUUGGCUUUGACGUUCGCCAAUCAGGCUGAUUAUGAUCGGAUCAGGGCGUCGGAUCAAGUUAGUAUCAUCGGACUGGUAGAGCUGGCGCCAGGCAAGCCUUUGACGCUGCAGGUGAAGUCAAUUGACGGAAAGUCAUGGGAUUCUAUACUAUGGCAUACGUUUACACAGGAGCAGAUUGAGUACUUCAAGGCAGGAAGUGCGUUGAAUAUGAUGGCAAAGAGAAAUGAUGUAGUAGAAUAG